AUGGCGCUCGCUGCUCAAAAUUCCCUUCUUCUCAACAAAUCCUCCAUGAUCCCUCAAACCCAUUUCCUCACCAACCACACUCCUUCCUCUCUCGUUCUCAGAUCCACCGCCAAACCCAUCUCCGCCGUCCACUCCCCCGAUCCCUCCAAUCCCAAGACCCCCAUUGCCCCCGCCGCCGCCGCCGCCGUCUCCACGUCGUCCGCUUCUACUGCCGCCGUCGAGACCAAGUCGGCCCCCAAGAGAUGGGCGCUGGACAGCUGGAAGUCGAAGAAGGCGCUGCAGCUGCCUGAUUACCCCAAUCAGGAGAAUCUGGAUUCGGUCCUCAAAACCCUAGACGCUUUCCCGCCGAUCGUGUUUGCCGGAGAAGCCCGGAGCCUGGAGGAGCGGCUUGGCGAGGCCGCCAUGGGGAAUGCUUUCCUUUUGCAGGGAGGGGAUUGUGCUGAGAGCUUCAAGGAGUUCAAUGCUAAUAAUAUCAGGGACACUUUCAGGAUCCUGCUUCAGAUGGGCGCUGUUUUGAUGUUUGGUGGCCAGAUGCCUGUUAUCAAGGUGGGGAGAAUGGCGGGACAAUUCGCAAAGCCUAGGUCUGACUCGUUUGAGGAAAAAGACGGUGUGAAGCUGCCGAGUUACAGAGGAGACAACAUUAAUGGAGAUGCCUUUGACGAGAAGUCGAGGAUUCCUGAUCCCGAGAGGAUGAUAAGGGCUUAUUGUCAGUCGGCAGCCACUUUGAAUCUCCUGAGGGCUUUUGCCACUGGUGGAUAUGCCGCCAUGCAAAGGGUCACACAGUGGAACUUGGAUUUCACCGAUCAUAGUGAGCAGGGUGAUAGGUACCGUGAGCUAGCCCACCGAGUGGACGAGGCACUAGGAUUCAUGCAAGCGGCCGGGCUAACGAUGGACCAUCCUGUCAUGAGGACCACCGAAUUCUGGACGUCCCAUGAGUGCUUGCUUCUUCCUUACGAGCAAUCACUCACCCGCCUCGACUCCACCUCUGGCCUCUACUAUGACUGCUCGGCCCAUUUCCUCUGGGUUGGCGAGAGAACCAGGCAGCUGGACGGGGCACACGUCGAGUUCCUCAGGGGAAUCGCCAACCCACUCGGCAUCAAGGUGAGUGAUAAGAUGGAUCCGAAUGAGCUCGUGAAGCUCAUCGAGAUCCUGAAUCCUCACAACAAAGCAGGGAGGAUAACAAUCAUCACGAGAAUGGGAGCUGAGAAUAUGAGGGUGAAGCUUCCCCAUUUGAUCAGGGCUGUCCGUAGGGCAGGACAAAUUGUGACGUGGGUUUCAGAUCCUAUGCAUGGAAACACCAUCAAAGCUCCCUGUGGUCUGAAAACUCGCCCAUUUGACUCUAUCAGGGCUGAAGUUAGAGCUUUCUUUGAUGUGCACGAGCAAGAGGGAAGCCACCCGGGUGGUGUGCAUUUGGAGAUGACGGGCCAAAAUGUUACGGAGUGUAUUGGAGGAUCGAGAAACCUUACGUUCGACGACUUAAGCUCAAGGUACCACACCCAUUGUGAUCCUAGGCUCAAUGCCUCCCAAUCCCUUGAGCUUGCGUUUAUUAUUGCCGAGCGCCUUAGGAAGAGGAGGCUCGGCCGCUACUAG